AUGCCGGCACGGCUCAAGAGCCAGUGGACGCUGCUUCGGCAAGCCUUGGCUUACCAAAAACCCCGCUGUGUUCCGAGAAGCUAUGGAGGGUCAAGGUGCUACGGCGCAUAUACAUGGUUGACGAAGUCACCAGAGAACUUGGGCGUCGAUGACUUCUUUGCGAGCUUUCCUACCGAGCCAUUCGAGCGAGCAUCCAGCUUAACCUCCGUUCCUUUACUCCUCGUUACGCCUGGCCUCGCGCAUUAUCUGGACCCUCAAUUCCCUUUCCUUGAUCUGUUCGUCAACAAGUUAUAUACCCUCAAUUCACAGCAACGUGACGGCAUUUAUACGGUUGUGGCAGUUGUUGACAAAAUCCCAAAUUUUGCCAGAAAACUAGCGACAACCAGUCCAAGCGUUUCUGAAAAUGGAGAAUAUGAGGGCCUGUCUGUCUUGCUAGUAGAAGAAGCGGACCUCCAAUGGAAGGCGGCGCCACCACGUCGCAUCGGAAACCCGUCGGGAGAAGAGCCUAGUCUUGCUGUGGCAGUCAAAUGCUCUCCGACAGACCAGAAUUCCCAAGGAGCUGCUCACGAAGUAGGUCUCCGACUUGCCAACACCGUGUUCAUUAAUGGGAAAGAAAGGACCCUUACGGGCAUGUUUUGGGCCGCAACCCAAGGCGAACAAGGGGCCAGAUAUACCCUGCAGAAGACGGCUGACUUGACGAGUUGUUGCGUCUCCACAAACGGGAUCGAUAUUGCCUCCAAGUUGACACUUCCCCUUUAUCCUGUUGGAGAGCGUCGAACUGUCAUAGCUGGAAUGGGUAACAUUCUGCGCCAGCUGUCAAAGUCGACUGACUCCACAUCUAUGGUUCCAAUGCCCGCUUCGACUGAACUUGAAAAAGAGCUCCCGCGUUACAUUGAAGAGCAUAAUAUUGCCGAUCGACGAGUUUCUGUGUGGGCAUUAGUGGAGAAACCUCAUGCAGAGCCCGUACAAGAGGCUUCGACCAGUGAUAGAUUAUCCCACGCACUGCGCCAAGGGGGCAAACUACAUCGCGUUAUGAGUGGUGGGGGUGGAUGGGGGAAGAAGCAGGGGCUUCUCUCUCUUGAUCCAGAGAUUGCAUUCCCGAAGACGGCUUGGAACAAGGGCUCUAACCUUUUAGUUGAUGCUUUUAACGCGCCCACCGACGGAGGUGACAUGGAGAUGCCCCCCAUGUUCCUCGAGAACGGGUUGAUUGGCGAAGAUCUGUCUCAUUUGUCCCAGGUAGCGAACCCUGGUGACUCUAUUCAGUUCUUUGUAGCUGUUGAGCCAAAGGCAAUAAGGGAACAAGAGACUGCCAGUGAGUCUGGGUCGAACAUCUCAUAUACCUUUGGCGUGGUUUCAGAUGCAGAGGAUAUGAAUAUUCAAGCUGGGCAUGGUAGUCAGGGUUCUGUUAUCUCAGUACCCAACAGUUUUGGUGCGCUCUCUGAAAAAGCGAUCACCUAUUCUCAGCCAGUGCCACAAGCGGGCAUGGUGGUCGAGUCCAGCACAAAGUUGGAUAUUCCUGGCUGCCGAGUGACCCUGCAACCGCGGUGA